AUGACCUCAGCCUUUCUCGAGAAACACGACUCGAUCGACAGUCAACGAUCAAGAAAGCGACAGCACUCGGAUGAUGUCGAUUUGUCAGAUGAUGACAUCAUCUCAACUCCAUCCGUUGAAGAGGAUCGUCGCGCCCACCACAAUGAAUUAGAGAGAAGACGGAGAGAUCAUAUCAAAGAUCAUUUCAUGACAUUGAAAGGAGCCAUUCCGUUGCUUGAUGGAGAAAAGUCCUCCCGUGCUCUGAUUCUUAAACGCGCCGUCGAGUACAUCUCCAUACUUCAAUCGAAACUCAACGAGAAUCAAAUGCACGUCGAGCAGUUGAAGCGACGAAAUGAACAACUUGAAGCUAAAUUGUGUCAACGCGAGCAAUUGGUGGUCGAUCCGAUGAUCUCGUUGCAGAGCUCGCAAAUCUCGCAAAUCGCCACCACGUCAGCAUCGAGGCCGAUCCUCUCACUCUUGCCUCUAAGCACAGCUAUGCCGACAAUUCCGGUGCCUACUAGAAAGUCCGCUAAAUAUUGUUUAAUGAAAUUCUUGAUU